UUUUUUUUUUAUCAGCAAAAAUUUAUUAAUUAUCGAAUUUGAAAAUUACAGAAAUUAAAAGGCCAAGGGUACAAGGAAAUUGAUAUUAUAAUUAAUUUCUUUUUCUUUUACCAUUCUAUCUAGUUUUCAAUCAAAGUUAGAAUGUGGAUAAAAAAAAAUUUUUAAUCAAAGUUAAAAAUUACUAUGAUUUCCCAUUAUACGGGCAAUGAGUUUUGCACUCUAAAUUUUCUAAAAGCGCACUCCGAAUUUGUCUUCUGAUACUUUUGUUGAGUGUAACACAACUUUUGGAGUGUAUUUAUAAAAUUAUAAAGUGCGAAAAUCAUUUUCCUAUCUUUCUACUUUUUCCGUGGAAUGACGAGUAAUCCAAUACCAAUAAAAUAGCGCUAAAUGGUAUUUUAUUUAAUGUGAAGAAUGACCUGCUUAGAAAUUCUUGAAAACAUGAGCUUUAGUGCUUUUAGUUUAACAGAAACACCCUAAUUGGCAUUUUGGUUUGUUUUGCGUGCCAAUCUAUUACUCCCUCCGUCCCCAUUCUUUAGUCCCGAUUAACACUUUUUUCCGUUCCAAAAAAAUGGUCCCAUAUGAAAACUAAAUGGGUAAUAAAUAAGAAAUUUCCUCUUUUACCCUUUUAUUUUUAAAUUAAUAGUACUAAAAAUAAUAAAAUGUAAUGAUUGAAGGGUAAAAUGAGAAAAAUAAGUUUUCAAAAGUGCAUUGCUCGUGUUCCAUUAAUUAGUUGAAAUUCCCAAAAGAGACUAAAGAAUGAGGACGGAGGGAGUAGUACUUUGCAUGCCAAGACUAAAUUUCUCUUUCUUUCUUUUGAGGCACCACCCUAAUAAAUCAUAUCCAAACAGAAUAGCAUAACAAAAGACAUGAAGGACAUCAAUCAUCAGACUUGGGCGGUAAUGACGGGUAUUAUUGAAACUGGACCCACUUGGGAAGUGUAAUUGUUACAACAAAAAUGGUAUGCUAUGGUACUUUAUUCUUUGAACCGAAAAUUGCACGAUUUUUCAUAAGGAACGUGCAAUUUGGGACGGAGGAAGUAACAUGGAAUGGGUUGUAGGCGUCCAACCUAUUCAAUCCACAGAAGAAGAGGAGACAUUUUCAACUUAUAUUACAACACCUGCUUACCUAAACCAUGUGAUUUCCAAAAGAAAAAUGGGAUGUUCGCAUACACUCGUACACCGAUUUAGAUACAGCCACAGGUAUGUCAAUAGUGUUUCAAUGUGUGUGAGGCCCUUGUUAUUAGUAUUUCGUAGUGUCUACGUGUAUAGAAUGGUUUCGGACACAAUUAAGUGAGUUAUCUGAAUUUGUGCUCGUUCAUAUUUGUACACAAACUUUGAAUUCCAAAAAAAGGCCGUUAAAAGUCUACAGCCCAUGUGACCUCAAAUGAUGGCCAUGCACCUAUCAAACAAUACCAAUGUUAGCAAAACAAAUCUGAACCGAUUGAGUCAGAAUCUGUGUUCAGACAAUACCAUAAAAAUUGCUAUAUCGUCCUCUCUCUCUCUCUCUCUCUGAAAUGCAUACGCAUAUGCAAAUGGGAAGGGAUCUGUGGUUGUUUCUAGCCAUCGCCAGUCUCUUCACAGGCUUGGCAGCAGGUGGAGAGAACUGGAACAUUCUGAAGUACCAGAAAAAUAGGCAUAUGCAAUCAGCAAAACUGGGUAAUCACAAUGGCGAUAACAAUCAUAAUUUGAAGAAGUACUGCGAGAGCUGGAGGAUGAAUGUGGAGCUGAACAACAUAAGGGGUUUCGAUGUAGUCCCCCAAGAGUGCAUUGACCACAUCGGCAAGUACAUGACUUCCAGUCAGUACAAAUCCGACUCAGAAAGGGCAAUGGAAGAGUCUUCACUCUAUUUGAGCAGUCAAUUUUGUAACUUCAAGGGUGACGGUAAAGAUGCCUGGAUCUUUGAUGUUGAUGAUACCCUCUUGUCCACACUGCCUUACUUCAAGAAACACCAAUUUGGUGGGGAGAAGCUGAAUGUAACUUGUUUGGAAGGAUGGAUGAGGGAGACUAAGGCACCAGCUCUUGAGCACACACUCCAACUGUACCAUGAGAUAAGAGGAAAGGGGAUUAAGAUCUUUCUGAUCUCCUCAAGAAGGGAACACCUCAGAGAUGCCACUGUUGACAACCUCAUCAAGGUUGGGUAUCCUGGCUGGACUUCUCUCGUAUUGAGGGGAUUAGAAGAUGAAUACAAGGAAGUGCAAAGCUAUAAAGCCGAGGUAAGAAAACGAUUGGUUGAAGAAGGGUACCGGAUAUGGGGAAUCAUCGGCGAUCAGUGGAGCAGUUUUGAUGGACUCCCAGCUGCAAAGAGAACAUUCAAGCUUCCAAAUUCCUUGUAUUAUGUUUCCUGAAGUUCGCCAAUCACCAUGUUCAUCUUCAUCAUCCCUUUGUAUCAGACUUGCUAAGUUGUGGCAAUGGCAGCUGCCAUAUUGACCCAACUAAAACAUUGGAAUUGGCUUUGAGAUUCUUGUUUUUGUGUUGCUUAUCUAAAUACGCUUUUCCCCAA